UGAGCAUGCCUGUCCUGCUGCAGCCAGCGCUGCCCUGGCCGGCGGCGGGGAGCCAGCUCGCCCCGUUGGAGCUACGGGAUCUGUCUGCCCAGCGAGCGUGGCCUGGGGCUCCUGCCCCUGGCGUCAGCCCGGACGCCGUCCCCUCGCUCGUACUGAGUCACAAGUGACUCACUUCAAACUUGGAUGGGAGCGCAAAGUAUACAUUUGCAAAUUGGCUGGUGAGGCACUGCUUUGCAAUGUAGGUGGGAUGUAUUACAUACUCCGGCAGUCAAGUUCUGCUCUUUUUCCCUCCUCCCUCUCCCUCCGUGCAGGAUAGCUGUCUGAGCCCAGGAUUUUGGUGCGGUUCUCGCGGGCGCAGGAAGGCAUCUCAGCCCGCUCCGGUGGAUGUGGCGUGUGGAUGGCUCCAGCUCCGCUCGUGACGGAGCUCUGCACUGAAGAUGGAUGAUUUAGCUCUCCUUGACCUGUUGGAGUGUCCUGUGUGCUUUGAAAAGCUCGAUGCCACAGCGAAGGUGCUACCUUGCCAGCACACUUUCUGCAAGCCCUGUCUGCAGAGAAUCCUGAAAUCCCAGAAGGAGCUCAGGUGCCCCGAGUGCAGGACCCUCGUCCUCUGCAGCAUCGAGCAGCUGCCCUCGAACCUGCUCCUCAUUCGCCUCCUGGAUGGAGUCAGGUGUGGACCAAACGUUACCAGGUUUGGGUCAAUCCAGAGGUCGGGGCUCCUGUCCUCCCCUGCCUCCAUCAGGAGAGUCCCCAGGGGGCUGCAGCUUCAUCAGCACCGGCUGGCGACAAAUCCCAGGAUCCACAUGGAAGGGGUCCCACGAGCCAAGGCCCUGUACACCUACCGAGGGCACAACCCCGGAGAGCUGAGGUUCAAUAAGGGGGAUAUCAUCGUGCUGCUCCGACAGCUGGAUGAGAACUGGUAUUUGGGGGAGGUCAACGGGAUCAGCGGCGUUUUCCCAGCCAGCUCCGUGCAGGUCAUCAAGCACCUGCCCCUGCCGCCGCCCCUCGGCAGAGCACUCUGCAGCUUUGACCUGAGGAGCAGGGACAAGACCGAAAACAAGGGCUGCCUGACGUUUCACAAGCCAAACACCACCGCAAGGCAGCUCCUGCAGACCGGCAAAAGCCACUGGUCCCCUCAGUUUAAGUGCGCGUCCCUACGAACGGCAUCUCCCAAAGCAAAGGGCGCGGACUCCGCAGCUUUCCCCAAGGUGCCCGACUCCAGGCGGAAGAGCCUGCGGCAGUUCUCCAUCACCACCGCCCUGAACACCCUCAACCGGAUGGUCCACGCGCCCGCCGAGCGGCAGGCGCUGGAGAUCAGCUCCCCCGUGCUCAUCAGCUCCAGCAACCCCACCGUGGCCACCCAGAGCAGCGAGAAGGCGGAGUUCCCCUACGGCACCCCUCUCCAGGUCAGUGCAUCUUACUAUCCCGUGCCAGGAUCGCUGGGGCACUCGGCAGCCAUUGUCUCUCUUCCCCACCUGCAGCACCACGUAUCAGCUUAUAUGUGCGUGGCUCUCCAUUCCUACGUGGCUCAUGGACCGGACGAGCUGGAGCUGCAGAAGGGAGAAGGGGUCCGCGUCUUUGGGAAAGACCACGACGGCUGGCUGUGGGGCAUGUCCCUCGUCACGGGCAGAGUGGGGAUCUUCCCCAGCAACUACGUCGCUCCCCUCUUCAGGAAACCUAAUCUCACCGACUCAAAGAUGCCUUCUCUGUACGCCACGUGGACGCUGUCGACCUCCUCCCUCUCCUCUCAAGGGAGCAUCUCAGAAAACGGCCCAAGGCAAAGCAGACCUUUGAAACCGGUGCUGCUGCCCGUGCCCAUCACCUCGCCCGGGAGGAGCGCGGCCGUGGCAGCCUCAGGACAGGCAUCGCUGCGGCGCGGACGCGGCAGCACGAGGAAGAACGGAUCCCUGCAGAGGCCGGGGCAGGCAGGGACCCCCGUGCAGGUUGCCGGCUCCCUCAGGCGUCCUCCCACGGCUGCGGUGCGGCCUCAGCAGUUUCAGCUUUAUCAGCACGUCAGCCCCCAGCCGCACAGCGUCCCUGCUGGAGCUGGCAUGGCCGAGGCAGGAACAAGGCCAAACUUCUCCCACGAUGCUUCGCCGGCACUUGUGGUCAGAGGAGGGGAAAGCAGAACUCCCUCUGUGUGCAGCUCGGUGAUCCUGGAUGCCAAAGACCCUCCAGCAAAGAGCGAGGCCGCUCCAAAGCCACCCGCAUCAGCCCCGCCGUCCAUCCUGGUGAAACCAGACACGUCCCGCAACAGCGCCGAAAAGCAAGUGAAGACGGUGAGGUUCCAGAACCACAGCCCCCCGCCACCCAAGCGGCACAGCCUGCAGCCCUCCCCGAGCCUGCCGCGCAGCAGGACGGAGCCGCCGCCGGCGGCAGAGGCUCUCCUGCCAGAAGCCAGCCUGCCGGGCCCCGAGCUGGCCGUGCUCUACUCGCCCAGGCCCAGCUCCAGCCCCCUGCACCAGCGACGGGCGCUGCACCCGAAGGCGCUGUCGCUGGACCUCUCCGGGCAGCUGACCUUCCCCAUCAAGAAGAACUACAGCAGCAUUUCUGCAAACUGACAGGGUAACUGCUCCGCUCGCUUUCCUUCACGCGCCUGCUCCUCUCCUCCCCUCCUGCGAGGGGCGAGCACCCUGGACCCCCACCCGCCUGCCGCCUCCACCGCUCCCCGUCCCGUGGCGAGGGGCAGGCAUUCCCCACGUCCCCAGCGCCCUCGCGACCCGCAAGUCGGAGGCUUGCAGAGAACUGGGGGAGGUCCCAAGGGAGCGGGACGGGACAGGACAGUGUCCAUCCCUACACGGGACAGUCCUGUCCUGGCCCCCGCUGCACCGAGCACGGCCGGAGAAGCCCCGCCGCCCUGUGGCUGCUGCGAGAGACGUGAACGGUGUUUGUGGCACCCACAAAACUGAUGUUCUUUGGUGUCAUGCAAGGCUGCCUGUAAGGUACCAGAGAAGGAGCGGGAGGGGGAAGAAAGCGUGCAGGUAUCAGAAAUAGUUAAGCUUGUUUUGAUCUCCUCGGUGCUGCGGGAAAGCCCACAGAGAUCAAAAUACCGGUUCAUUACCUUCCUGCUUCUGCAGGAUAAAGAAACCAUAAAUCAAAGUCAGUCAGUUCCUAGUUGACGGUUCGUGUUGCCUUUUGAGGGGGGUUUACUCAGAUUUUUUUUUUUUUCUGUUAGGUUGGUUCUUCCUUGCUUGCUGUUCUGUUUCAUUUUAGUCCAGGAGUUUUAACACAGAAUACAGUUUUAAAGGUGAUUUGGAGAGGAAAGAGACAUGCCAUAACCACAGUCACUUAGACUCUGCAGACAGGAGUAUUGAAUCUUGCUUCCCUUCAUUGCUUGGUUUCCUCUAAUUACCUGUCAGCUGCGUCCCAGCAGCCCGUGAGCUCACUCCAGCUCCUUCCCACCGCCCACCCAUUCAGGGAUUGCUUUUGUAAAUACCCCAAGUGGAAAUCAUGGCUUUAAGUGUACAUUAAGAUGCAUGAAACAUUGUCUACAUGAUAGGAAGCAGAAUUCAGCACCCCCCAUGCCACAGACCGCCCUUCUGCCACACCAGCUCCAGUUUUGAGCUGACUCCCUUUCCAACACCCUCCUGUGAACCCCCUGAAAAGCUGGCAGAGUCGGAGAGCUGUGCCCGGCUCGCCGGCUGGGACCGCUCUCCUGCAAAACCAUGCACAACAGCUUUUGUGUUUCACACUUUGUUUUUAUCGCCGGUUUAUAGACCAGCAAUUCCCAGCCCAGCCACAACCACCAACCGCUAGAUCUCCUAACAGCGGUAGCUGCGCUUCGUCCAAAACUGCUGUAAAAUCACCUCCUUGGUUAAUUGCGUACAAAACCCAUGUAGUUACCUCCGCUGGUCAGCAGAAACUCUCCGAGGCACUGGCACAGCCACAGAGAAGGAGGUUUUCUUCUGGAACUACGAAAAGGGAGUGGAUAAAGUAACUUAUUACUCUACAGCCCCCGUUCUUUUACUCCUUCAGACUUUUCCCUGUUCGUGGAGCAGGAAGCUGGCGUCUGCCCGUAGGGAUUUUCAGUACAGAAACCACCGAUGGCACGGACAAGUUCUUCACCUUGUGCUCUCUGUCGCUAUUUAAGCUCCUGCAGAAAAAUCCUGACAAACUAAAAAUGUGCAGUUUGCCCAGGUAUAGAAGGCAGCGCAAGCUGCAAGUAAGAGUGUGAGCGUGACCCUCAGCAAUGCCACCUCAAAGGCCGUUGAACAUCUCAGAGAAGACAUGCCGGUUCUUUGCUGAAGACUCCUCUCAUCCCUUUAAAGCUAAACCAGAAAACCUCAUGAGCCAGCUCUAUAGCCAGGAACACCUCCACUUCUCCCAGGCACCUUCAGAAAUAAACAGAAUUGCGUUAGGCAUGUCCAGGACCAGCUCGGGCAGUCAUUUAUACGUUGGUUUGGAGGGGAAGGAGGGGCUGCCUGCUCAUGCCUGCCUCCAGGUGUGAUCGCUCGCUGCACGCUGCUGAGAGGACAGGCAGCUGGGUACGACCUGAUCUGCAGCCCGCUGACGAAGCACCUCAUGCAUCUCAGCAGUUGACCUCCCACGAGACUCACGGAAGGCGGUGGCAUGGGUGGUUGGAGCUACACCAGGAUUAACUACGCGGAGGGAAUGCUGGCAAAGGAGGGGCCGUAGGAAAUGUGGCGCCCGGCUGAACACUUGGCAGAGACGGCGUGUGUAGGGAAGGAAGGGGAACUUCUGCGUUUUACUGCCCCCAAAAACCGAUGUCCUCACCUCAGGCCGUGUAACAGAGCCAAGGUCUAACGGCGCCGGCUUGGUCGUACUGUUUGCUGAGCAGGGUGGCGCGGCCGGGAGCCGGCUGGGCUGCGCCCUGGGGAGGGGGACGGACCCACCCCUGCACACGCACCGCAGCCGGUGCCGAUCCCACGGUUUUACUCUACAGCGAAAGGCACCAGAGCUCGGUGUCCCCAGGGAGCUGGGGACGAGGGGAUGAGCCAGGGAUUCUGCAGCAGCUCCAAUCAAAGAUCUUCCCUUGUUAUCGGCAAUUAACCCUGCCCUGCGAGGCCCCGGCGCCUGGCUCCUCAGGAGCUAGGGAGGAGCAUUCCUCGAGACCGGGGAGGCAGGAGGGAGCACCGUGCAACCCGCAUGCAGAGAGGCAUUUGAAGAUAUGGGGCAAAAAGAAAACAAACCAUAACUCACCGGGGGCUUCAGACAGAUGUACGCUGCAGUAGGUCACCUUGAAAAUUUAAUCUACAAGAGGGGCAGGUUUGCCCGUGAGAGGCAGGCGUGCGAGCGCAGGCAGCAAGGAAGAAUUUGAAGUUCAGUUUGGGGCUGCAAAAUGUAAAGCUCAGAGAGCAACAGACAGAAGUGACUGCAGCUCGGUUUCUCACACCUCCGUCCUGCCGCCAAAGGCCAGAUACGAGGAAAGACAGCACCUCCUUUGGCCUGAUUUAUCAGAUUCUCUAAGCUUCAGGGGACACCAAGAGCAUCAGGAAAAGCCAAAGGCGCUCAGCGCGCCUUAAGGCUUCACAAGCCAUAAAGUCUUUCUGCACAUCCGGGCUCGCAGCAGCCAGAUACCGCUCACGUUAUCAGUUCAGAAUAUUGCCUGUCACGGAGCAAAGCCACCCUCCCAUCCUCUCACACAGAGAUAAAAAGCAAUAAGGUUUCACAGCACCCAUGCACACAGGGAAGCCUGCAAAACCGUUCAGCCCGUUACACGGUACUGAAGUCUUAAGACAAACACACCAUAAGCACCGCAAAUCUCCUGGAUUUGGCCCCGAAGCCGCUGCCUUAUGACACCAAGUGACAGCAUGGGGCUGAUGGGGACAGAGAGAGCUCCGACACUUGCGCACACGCACGCACAGUCACGGGAAAUGGCAGGGAAAGGAAGCACUGACAGCAAAAUCGGUGCUUUGGUAAAAGAGCAGGCAGCUAUUUUGGGACAGAUAUCUCAGUUUCUUGCACAGGAUAUUUCAGUGCUCUGAUGCUAUGGUGAUAAAUGCCCUAAGUAUAUUCAAAAUAUGUAGGGAGAGAGAACUGAAAACAAGGUAUAUUUUAAAGUAACAGCUCUAAUAAGCAUCUUGUUCCCAUAGACAUGCCUGCCCACUGGCUUCAUACUGCAGCCCACGGAGCAAAAUUGCUAAGUCCUCCUCACCUUCUCCACUCCUCCCCAGCAACACCUAGGAGGAAGCAUCUGGACUGAGUUAUUUCACCAAGGAACCUCCCAAGGAAAAGGGACUAGAACCCAGACCUUUUUCGUCCAACAGCCCAGGCUAAAGCAGAACCACCUGGAGCUAACCCGGAGCCUUGCCCCGAGCCCCGAGCGAGGCAGCGCCCGACAAGCCGCCCUUUGCACGGAGAAGCCGGUCAUGCUGGGGGAGGCAUCACCUGGGCCUGCCGAGGAGCAGUUCUCUAAGCGCACCGGACUAAAAGGCCACCUUUGCUCUGCAAGCAGCACCACACACGGGGUUCUUCCAGCACGAGCAAACCACAUUUUCCCUUUCAGCUUUGGGCUGCUGACCUGAAGCACGCUGCACCUUCCACGAGGAUCUGCCCCAAACCCCUGUCCCCCUCUGGCUGCUGUCAUCCAAUUUUUUUUUUUUUUUUUCUAAUUGGGUAGCAAUGAAAAGGCAGGCAUCACAUGCCGGCAGGAGGGUGGUAGCUUUACAUGGAGGUGGGCGAGCUCUUCAAGGGUUCUGUUCUUUUUAUACAUAUAACUUCCCUCCUGUCUUCCCACCCUCCAGACUCUCCUCAGCCCAUUUCCCCAGUGAAGAGAGGUUAGACAUCAGCCCUGGGAUGCUGUUUUGUCAUCCCCGAGUUGGCCCGGAGAGCCCACAGGGGAAGACCACCCCUUCCCCCCCGGGGACGCGUCCCCUCGGCAGCACUCGCGCUGGUACAGAGAGGCUGUCCGAGCCCUGGCCCUGCUGGGCCACCAAGCCUGCCGUCCUCCAUCUUGCCACAAACCAUCACGUGAAGCGCAGAGCGCAAAGAAAACAACGCUAGGAGAGGCAAAAUACAAUUGCGGGUGUACUGGAGUGUAAUGUGUUCCUAUAAUGAAAAUAUAUUGCGCUCUGCGGCCGCGGAGCCUCCGAGCCCUCCCUCGGGCGGGAGGGGGGCCCCUCGCCCACCCUCCUCCGUGCCUGGUGCUGGGAAAGAGGAACGCCAGCGCUGGCCCCAAAACAGUUCAGUUGGACACCCUGAGCAGCCCAGGAAUGUGUAAAUUCAUGUGUACAUUUAUCAUUAUUUCAGCAGGUUUAUUCAUUGCCCAACAGCUAUUGCGGUUCAUUUGUGCAACCAGAAGUGUAAUAAUAGCUAUAGACUUCAAGUUUUCCAGUUUUUUUUUUUUUGCCUUAAGUCUCAGUAUCUCCCCCGUUUAAAAAGUAACAUUUCAAAAUACACAUUAAAAAUAUCAGUGUUUAGAACCCAAAACUGCCCAGGUGAAGCGACGGGGACUUACCAG